AUGGCCAGAGACGUCAGUCCUCUGAGUCUCAUGUCUGUGAGGCACCGAUGGGUCGGAGCCACUCUGGGGUUCGUCCUCCCGCUCUUCCCCCUCCGUCCUCUUAUUUUCUACUACUUCCUGUCUUGCGCGGCAGCAACAGCCAGUUUGCCUGGUAUAGAAUACAGCUAUGGCAUGAGCCCCAAAUUUGUUUGCACCCCGAUUCCGCCAGAAGCAGACCCCAGCUGCUACUCCCCGCCCAGUGUGCCCCACGGACCCAGCACUAACGGCCACACUAACGGCCACAGUGGCGGCCCCUGGCGAGGGAUGAUGUCAGACGAGGCCAAAGCCACCAUCUUACAUCUGCGAGAAAGCCUGGUGAGGCAGAAGGAGACGAUCCUGGACCAGCGGGAGACCAUCAGGGAGCUGACCGCCAAGCUCACCUUGUGUGAGGGCUUCGGGGGUCACCACAGCGGGGGUCACCAUGACACCCACCACCACAAUAACCCCAAUCACGACAAUCACCGCGACAACCACCACGACGGCGACCACGAUGACCACCACGGGCAUCACGGCAGCCACCACACGUCCUCGUCCUCGACGCACCACGGGCCGCCAUCGUAUCACGGCAGCGAUCACCACUACUCCCACGGCAGCCACAGGUCGGACCCCCACCACAGGAAGGGCCCGUACAGCAAACACAGCUCCUUCUCUCCAGAGCAGACGGGAAAGACGCUGCAGACGCUGAAGGAGCGACUGGAGAACCUGCAGGCGAGGAACUCGUCCAGCUCGUACUCCAGCUCACUCAGAGAACUGCUGCAGAGGAAGAUCACCGCCCUGGAGGAGCAGCUGCACGGUUACCACCGAGAUCACCAUGACUACGGCAACCACGACGACCACCAUGAUGACCAUCACGAUGACCACCAUGGCAGCGGCCACCAUGACGACCACCACGAUGACAACCACGAUGACCACCGUGGCAGCAACCACCAUGACGACCACCAUGAUGACCAUCAUGACGACCAUCACGAUGAUCACCAUGGUAAUGGUUACCGCAACAACCACCACAACAGCCAUCACAGCAACCACCACGGCAGCCCCCGCUACAACCACCACAGCAACAGCAAGCUGGAGACGGUGCUCGGCCAAAUACACCACGGCCAAAGCGACCACAAGAAGCUGAAGAGCCCCAGCGCCUUCAUGCUCGACUUCCCCAUGAGGACCAACUACAUGUACGCCAGGAUGAAGCGUUCCGUGGUCAACGAGAUCUUUGCCCUGACCAUCUGCCUGUGGCUGAAGGCAGGGGCGGGACCAGGCCUCGGCACGCCAUUCUCCUACGCUGUACCCGGACAAGCCAACGAGCUGGUGCUCAUCGAGUGGGGCAGCAACCCGAUGGAGCUGCUCAUCAAUGACAAGGCGGUGACUCUGCCCAUAACCAUGACGGAUGGGAAGUGGCAUCACGUGUGCGUGACGUGGUCGACCCGUGACGGAGCCUGGGAGGCCUACCAGGACGGGGUGAAGAAAGGCUCGGGGCAGAACCUGUCAGCCUGGCACUCCAUCAAACCAGGAGGGGUCUUCAUCGUGGGGCAGGAGCAGGACACGGUGGGAGGACGCUUCGACGUCACUCAGUCCUUCAUGGGCGAACUCUCAGAUCUGCAGUUCUGGUCCAGAGUCCUGACGUCCAACGAGAUCCAUACCCAGGCGACCUGCGGAGGCCACCUCAUCGGGGACGUCAUGUCCUGGUCCGAGGAGUCCGUGGAGCUCCAUGGUGGACUCACCGAGUUCCCGUUUGAACCCUGCCACUAA